AUGUUCAAUCCAACACGUCCUUCCCUCUCGGAAAACCUUGAGAAGAAUCACGAUCGAAUGGUGAAUCACUCUGUUUAUCAUGAUCAUGGAGCUAUCAACGAAUCUCGAUCAUCGUUUGGAAUCUCUGGCAACAAUGAUCCGUCACUUCAUUGUUCUGAUCAUCAUCAAGCAAAAUCAUUACAAUCGACCACCAUUACUGUUCCAAACUCGUUAACAAAUCCUUAUUCGUCCUUUUCAAUGUUUGUCACUGUGUAUGAAUUUAUAUUCAGAGAGAAUAUAUUCACGACAGUUACGAAUUCAUCGAUGAAUGAAACCACUAAGGAUUAUAUAUAUCAACAGAAAUCCACACAUGGAUGGUUGGAAUAUUCGAAACAAACCAGUGGAUUUCUUCAAAGUCGUUCAGAGAAAGUUCGUUUGUUGGCAAGUUCAUCUCAUGAUGAGUACACAUUGGAGAAAUUCCUAUUGUUGCAUUUCACAAAUGAAAAACCCACAGCCCAUCAAAUGCUAUCGAGAAAAAUUCCAGAGUUUAUUGCAGCAUCGUUUUGUUCCUUUCACGUGUCAUGUCGUCUUAACAAAUUAGGGGUUUUUGAGAUGGAUUUUGAAGCAUGGUGUCAAUUGCAAGAAAUCAAAUCAUGUUUGGCCAGUGGACGAGUGACACCAAAUUUAAAGAGAAAUGAUUUAAUGCUCUAUCCAUUCAUUUCAAUGAAGAAAUCGAAAGGAGGGUUUAAAAACACGUCACAAGCAUCAUUAUUUAAGACCAUACUCAAUGUGGAAACAGUCCGAGAAAUUGUCACCAAAGAAUCGAAUCUUAAUUUACAAACUCAACUUGUUGCACAAGAGAAGAUUCUUGAAAAAUUAGAGAGCCACUUGGAUCACUAUGACCAACUGCAUACAAGUAUCGAACAUGCACUCAACAUUUCAUUUUCACAAGAUCCUGUUCUAUUAAGAAUGGCCUUUACUCUCUCAUCCUAUGCACAUGCUUACACUUUAAAGAGAAAUAGUAAUGAAAGACUUGAAUUUAUGGGAGAUGCAGUCGUCAAUCUUGCAUGCAUGACCUAUCUCAUCCGAACUUUUCGAAACGACUCUUCAAAAGCAGGCGACUGGGUAGCUGCGAACAUGAUCUUGAUUGGAAAUGAUAAUAUUACUCGAGUUGCCACUGAAACACUCAAUAUUCCACCGUUAUUGUUAAAAAACUCUGAGGGAGUGGGCAAAAAGACUCUUUCAGAUGUUUUUGAAGCCAUUAUUGGUGGAUACUUUCUGUCCCAUGGUCUGGAAAAAGCAAGACAUUUUGCUGAGCAAAUGCUUAUUCCGACAAAUUUUGAAAAUGAGAAAAUUUUAAGAACCUUUGAGUCAUGGAUACCAGACGUGUGUGAAAAUGGAAAGGCAUGGACAAGAGACAAACCGUACUCGAAUUUGGUGGAUUUGAAUUUUUUGCAACAAGUUCAGAAUAUUAUUGGAUACAAAUUUAAGAAUAUUGAAUUAUUACAAGAAGCUCUCCUUCACUAUUCGUUCAAUGAAACAUGCAUUGUGCUUUCGAGUUGUCCAAAACAGAAGGUGUCAGAUUUCAUGAGAAAACGAGGCAUGAAAAAUAACACAAAUGUGGCUGUUCCACAUUUGUACAACAGUGAGCAAAUGAAAUUGUUAGGAACAACCUUGUUAAAGUUCCUUGCAGCAGAAUAUGUUUACAAGCGAUUCACAGAAGCUCAACCAAAAUCUUUGACACUCGUGCUGCAUAGAAUGGUGGGCAAAAACGACGUUGUUUUUCAAAAGAUUUUUACGAGAUUUCGGCUUGAUCGAUUCAGUGUCAGACGCGCACCCAUUGAAGACGCUUCAGAACUCGCCUAUGAAGUAUUUCUUUGUAUUCUUGGAGCAAUGUACAUUGACAACAAUUAUCAGCUUUUUAAACAUGAUUUAAAUAAGGAUAGAUUGUCACAACAGCAUUGGGAAGAGCUGGAAAAGAGUACUGAUUUGGCAUCCGUACAUUUUCUUUCAAGGCAUGAUAUUAGCGUUGACAAAUUUUUUGAGAGGACUGUGAUUGAGGUUGUUGAGGAAUAUGGUCUUUCUCCCUACAACAUUCAAGUUCCCAAAAAGAGUGACCUUCAACACCGAAUUCAGCUUAUUUAUAAGGUUCCUCCAACCUAUUCUGCCAACACAGUGGAAAUUGAUGGCAUGAAAUUGUUUACAUGCUCCAUUCAAGUUCCAGGUGAAAAUCAAAUGAUCGAGCUAGCAAAAAGCUGUUCACGAAAUUCCAAAGAAGAAGCAGAAAGUAUGGCCAUUGAUCUGGCCCUCAAAAAUUUAACAAUCCCAGCUUCUCCAAAGGAGCAAUAA